AUGAGCUCAUCAAGGCUCUCUGAUCUGGACUGGACAUGUGUGCAGCAACAACUUGACGCCAUUCGCGCCGACCAGGCCAAGACGACGCGUGAGCAUGGCAGGGAGGUCGUGGCGGUGCGCGGCCUGGCGCGACGGCCCGGGAUGCUGGACCGGCCGGAUGCGGCAGGGGCGCGGUGGCGUGAGGCCCUACUGCGCUCGACGGGGAACGGAGGGUCGGUGAGGCCGGCGGAGGAAGGAGAGGCACGGAAGCGGGGGCGGACGUUUACUGUGGACGAUGCUGCUGCAACACGGCGGUGUGCUGGAGUGGCAAAGACAGUGCCGACAUUGGAAGACGAGCUGUCGCGGGCGCUGCUAGGCGAGGAAGCGAACUACAACGGCGUUAUGGGUGGGGAGUCGGCAACGGAUGUCAAAGAAGAAGAUCCUGUUGCCACAGCCACACCACCACCUGUGGCUGAGACACCCACGGUACCAUCGCCUCCAACAGAAGCCGUGGCGGUUGCCGAUGACUUCUCGGCUAUCGUGUCUCCGCCUCACAAGCUUGCUGUCGCUAUUCGGUCCCACGCAUUGAUGACAGAGAAGGUCGUGGCUCAUCCACAACUAACGUCGACAGCAACUCCAGUGGUUGGGGAUAUUGCAGCAACACCAAAGUUGAUGCCGCUUCUCUUGAAGCUAUUUAUAGGUCGGCCGCUUCCCAAGGGUCCACCGUCGCAUUGCCCUUGCGCAAGCCAGAAUCACAAUCGACGUUCGUUUGGCGAGAGUUGA